CAUAAAAUACGACAGCACAAUAUAUUCGAAUUCUACUCACAGCUUGUAAUAGUAACUAAGCAACAGGCAGCCAAAUAUGAAAACAGCUUAUACACGUUUUCUUGUCAAGGUUCCUGGAAAAGGCGUUGGCUUAAGGCCCCUCCUCUAAGCACAGCUCCAAAAUGAAAGAUAGAUUUACUAUGAAAACUGUUCUGCUGUUUUGCUCUGUGUUUAGACAUGUGAGGACUUGUGCUUGUCGGAGCCUCGUACCCUAAAAUGAAGCUGAAACCCCUUCUUCUUUUAUUUCUGAUAACAAUAUGGAAGCGUGUAUUAUCCAGCGAAAGUGAGCACAAUCCUAUGAACGACCGCCAGUUAUCUUCACUGAAGUCAUUUAAACAACAAAGUAACUGUUCAGAAAAUGAAUAUCCUGCAGAAAAUCAUUGCUGUAAGACAUGUCCACCUGGACAGUAUAAAGUUUCAGAUUGUCCAGAAGAACAUGGAAAUCCUCAAUGUGGCCCAUGCACUAAAGGAAAGGAUUAUAUGGAUUAUCCCAAUGGUUAUUCUGAAUGUUUAAAGUGCUCACACUGUGACAGUGUAAGAGGUGAGGCAGUACUUAUAGACUGCACACCUGUUCAAGAUACAUUGUGCAAAUGUAUAGAAGGUUAUUUUUGUAACAAGACUAAAGCGUUUCCAGGUCACUGCAUAGAAUGUCUGCCAUGUGACAGAUGUGAACAUGGCAUUGUUGAAAAUUGCACGGAUAGAAAAAAUACUGUAUGCAAAGUGACAUCUUACAGAACUUUUCGGAUUAUUAUAAUACUGUCGGCAUUGCUGUUUGUGGUAGCACUAAUAUUAAGUUUGCGGUUUAUAUUCAAAGCUAACCAAAGAAAAAAUACGCAAGAUACAAAGAAACCCACAGAUGAGGAGACUCCACUAUUGGUUAUUCCGCAAGAACUUGAAGACAUUGACUUAAAAGAUGUUCUGCUACAAGAAAUCGCAAAUGAACUUACAUUGCAAACUGUGAUAUCUUGUGUGCUUAAACUGGGUGUCAGUGAUGUCAGAAUUGAUGAAAUUAAAAAUAACAACCCUGGGAAUGCUCAGGAACAGAAGCGUGCGUUGCUUAAAGACUGGUAUAGUAGUAAUGGAAGAUCUGGAGCAUUUAAAAGACUUAUGGAAACUCUUCAGAAGAUUGGAAACAAAGCUGAAGCAGAAAGAAUAAUACAACAACUUGUUAAAUGAUUUGUUUAAAUAAUUUUUGUAUUAGUAAUAUCUGUUUACAAAAAAAAAAAAAUUGGACCAUCUAAACCUGUCUGUGCUUAAAAUAGGAGCAUCCAAAUUAAUUUGCUCUGUCAACCAUGAAUACUACACACAGGGCCGUCUUUAAUAUUGACUGGACCCUGGGCAAAAAUUUUCUUGGGCCCCCCCCAUGCAUUUUUGCUCCCCACCCCAACAUCCCAAAAAACAACUAAAUCAAUUUUUUAAAAAAAUAUUAGCCCAGCAGUGGAUCAUCCACUGCUGGGCUAAUCAUUUAAAAAAAAAUUAAAUAGAUUGCAAUAUGUGAAACUGGACCUAAGCAGUACUAAUAAGUAAAUAAAUAUAUAAAUUCCUCCACUGUGGAUUAAUUUAAUAUUCUUUUGAAUGUGAAUCUGGUGUGAGGUUAGCUGGUUAAAGAGAUUUAGGGCAGCCAACAGGAGCAAAGCAAGGUAAAGACUGAGGAGGAAGCAUAGAGGUGCAGACAAAUAUAAGUUUAGUCACUCGAACAGCAGAACUACUAUGAGAAGCUGUAAAAUCUGAGACAGAGAGAAAACAAAAACUAUAAAAAUAAACCUUACAUUAAUGUGUGAACUAUCAGCAUGACAGUAUACAUCAGCCACAGCAGUACAUGCCACUUCUUUGCUAGGAACAAGUUCCCUCUCACCCUGCACUAGACAAUGCUGCAUGGGGAGGGUAGUGUGUGCACUCACUUAUUCUUCCCACUGACACCUUCCUACAAAGCACUGUUCCCCUAACAAACUUCAGUUAGUUGAUCUUAGGGCAACAGCAGAAAGAGCAGGGCUAAGGGGACCAGCAGACUGGAUGCUGUCUGUCCAAGGCUGCAUGGAUAGUGUGAGAUGAGUCACACAGCCUCAAGACUGAAGAGAGCAGUGUAUGCAGCUGCACAGAUGAUCAAAUCCUCACGUCCUUGCCGCUCCAGCUUUCUGCUGCAUGCGCCUACAGUCAGCCCUACCCAGAAAAAAUCCCCACCACUAGAGCAGUGACCUAACAGUGGUAACCCCAGUAGGACCUUUUCUGAUGCAGUGGGAAUGGCUGGAUGCCGAGUUAGGGCUUUGCAUUCAGUGCUGCACAGUGCACAUCUAAAACAGCACAUGGCAAUAGCUUGGCAUGUCACAUGACACCGGCACGGUCUGGCACAGUUUUAAAUUUUUUUUUUUAUAAACAGAGUACUUUUGACUGUGACAGUAUUAGGACUGAAUGUGUGUGUUCCCCAUGUCAAAAGGACAUGUCAUAAGGACUAUUGGGCCCCUCAACAGAAACUGGGCCCUGGGCAGCUGCCCCUUUUGCCCUGUGUUAGAGAUGGCCCUGACUACACAGUAUACUCCUACAUUGCAGAGAAAGACUGAACCCUUAUGACUAUUUAAAAAAAAAAAAAGUUUUUUAUUUAGCACUUAACCAUACAUACAGAAGCCUCAAAUAUAGAGAAAUCAAAUUGCAGCAAAUCCAUACAGAGACAUCUGCAUGCUGGUCAAGUAUUUUUUAAAUUAUAAAUACCAACAUACCAACAUGUAACACCCACCCUUGAACAUAACAAACUUCUCUCAACAGUUCAAGUCUAAUAGCAAUAUCUCAGCUCAUGUGUCAAGCAUGACAAGUUAAGGCAAUACAUAGGUUGCAACCAUAAUAAAGACUGCAGAAUAAAAAGGAAAAUGUGGAGCCAAAAAUCCUUAUCACAAAACCAUACCCAGAUCAAGAAACCUGCCCUUAAUCCAAUAUACAUCUCCUUUGUUCUUAAAGUACAUAUUCAGACUUACAAAAUGGUGCAAUUAUUUUGGAUUUAACAUUUCUAGGGAGAUAAUGUAGGUACAUUUCCCACUCAGGGCUUCAUGAUCUAAGCCUCGCCAGAUCAAUCCUAGUUUUUCUGUCCGACUCUCGCAAGAGCUGCCCAGGUGGAAUGAUCGUAAAAAAGGGGCAGUCCCUGCGAGUGGCGAGAUAGCUCCUAUUGAAAGUAAUGGAGCUCGCUGGACAUGGACACUUCACUACUUAAAGCGAAGUUAGCAGUGAGUAGGGGGCGCACUUUAAAAAUGAAAUCCCACAGCCAAUAUAAAUCAUAUUAUGCUGAUUUCUGAGUAUAUCAUCUUACAAUUGUCUAUAUUUUCGUAUGCAUGUGUUUUUCUAUUAGGGUUAUAAGUAUUUAUAGUGUUUUGAGAAAAGCUUGACACCUUUUAGUUGUCAAGAAAAAAAUUGUGGGAUCUGCAGGAUUAGAUUUAACAAGCCGCGGAUGCUGCUGUCUCCGCCCGAAGUUUCCGGCUGGCCGGAAACUAAAGUUAAGCAGCCAUAGUUGUAAGACCACUGCUUAUUAACUUGUCCAGCACUUUUAAGAUGGCGGAUAGCAAUCAUCCCGAUCAAAUACGAUCGGGAUGAUUGACACCCCCUGUUUGAGGCCGCAAAUGUGCAGGGGGCGGCAUUGCACAAGCAUUUCACAAGAAAUGCUUGUGCAAUGUUAAAUGCCGACAGUGUAUGCUGUCGGCUUUUAGCGAUGUCAGGCGGACAUGAUUCGCUACAGCAAAUCAUGUCCGCCCGGCAUUUAAUAAAUCUACCCCAUAGUCUACUUUGCCGUACAGGUAGAUUGUCCUUCUGUAAAAAUAGACUGUGAAAAUAAAUAUAGGUUUUACACAUUUUACUCAACCAGAACCUGAUUUUACCCCAUAUAACUCUAAUCUUGGGGCAGACCCAAACAAGGUGCAGAAAAUCCAGGUCCUCUUUAGAGCAUUUGGUGCAUUUAUUCCCUGCCUCAGCAACACAUUUACUUUGUACUCUCAGUGUGAUGUACGCUCUAAAUUUUCUGUGUGUUUCUCUCAAGAAUGAAGAUAACGUAGUAUCUUUAAGAUUAAUCCUGCUGACUACAAUGUGGAGCAGUUUGCAUUGAGAAGCUUGCACGGUAUUGUGUAAAUGCAGAUGUGCACAUUAAAAAUAAUUGCUUAUAUUAUUAUUACAUAAGAGGUGCAAUGGUUCAAACUUGAAAGUCUUCAUAUUAUGUUCUGUGCUUAUAAUUUACCAAUUGUUGUAACAUACAGUUCUAUUCACCUAUAAAAUGUUAAAAUAUACUUGAAAUAUAAAGAAA